UCGGGUUUUAAAACUUCGCAAAAUCAUAAGAAUGAAAUCCGCGAAAUUCAAUUUUAAAAUCAGUUUCAAAAUGCUACCAGGAAGUUCAGCCGAAGAUUUUACUCUUCCUUCCUUCAUUAAUGGAGGGACUAUUGAAGAAUUUACUCUGUCGUCUCACAGAGGAAAAUAUGUACUUAUUAUAUUCUAUCCUGUGGAUUUUGGGUACGUGACACCGACCGAAUUCUAUCAUCUGGAAUCCCUGAUGCCCAGAUUCAAGGAAUUAAAUUGUGAGGUUUUGGCAAUCUCUACAGAGCAUUUAGACGGGAUGCGAGGCUGGUGGGAUGCUCCAAAAUCUGAUGCCGGUCUGGGUAAGAUAAAGGACGUUCGCAUGCUAUCCGACACAAAAGGAGACGUCUGUAGAGCAUACGGUGUUUACAAGCACCUUGAUAAUGUUGCUUUCCGGUGUACUGCUCUACUUGAUACAGAGGGUAACCUUGUCAGCAUUGAAAAAUCUGACCUCCCUGUAGGUCUCAAUAUGGAAGAACAACUAAGGCAUGUUCAGGCUCUCCAUGAGCUAGACGCAAACAGUCAGGGGGUUGGAGUUCCAGCAGACUGGCAGCCAGGAGAACUAAUUAAUACAGUUGGAUUUAUUCAAGGCUAGGGAUCAGUAACAGUAGUUUUACUUUAUUCUCAAUAUGUAUAUUAAAAUAUGAUUGAAUAGCUGUUUAACGAUAAAUAAAAAAUAUCUUUUGUGUGU